AUAUAGUUGAAGUAAAAAAUAAAAUUUACAAAUUUAUUUAAAUAAAAUGAGUGGUAUAAAAACAAGAAAAAAGACAAGCACAGCAAUGUCUGACUUAAUAGGAAAAGGUAGAGACUUUAUUCCAUCUGAACUACCAAUUAAUGGUGCUGUUCUUCGAAAAGCUAUCCUCAUUAAAGAGUUGUCAGAAAAAAAAGUAUAUCCAUUAGAUGAUUUGGUUAGGGAAACAAGGUUAGAAGUUGUUAAACAAUGGAAAAAAGCAAACUCAGACUUUUCACAUUCAGUUAUUUUUACAGAUAAGUCCAUUGACAAAAAGAUCAAAAAAAUUUACAAUGAUGUUCAGGAUAUUUGCAGAAAAAGAUUAACUAAAAAAGUAGAAAUUGACAAAAUAAUGAAGUCUUUGUCACGACUCUUUGAUAUAACUAACUGCAAAUGUGCAAUUUUAUUCUGUAGUGAAUCAAGUUGUCUGGGAUGUGAAAAAAAAGUUCAUAUUGACUGUAAAUGUGAAAAGUCAGUGAGGAUUCCUACAAUAGAAUUAGAAUUUAAUUACUCACAGAGAAGUAAAGAAGGAGAGCAGUCUCAAAUUAUGAUAGGAUGAAAAGACUACAUAGAGACUAAAAGGAAGUGAAAGGCAUUUGAGCGAUGUAGUAAAAAGGAACAGAGUUUGAAAAAGUUCAAAAAAAGGAGAUGAUGAAUAGUAGCCAUUCAAAAAGAACCUAUGCUGAGGUUUCAGAAAAAAAGUAAUGAUGAAGAAGAGUGCUCUAAAAAUGAGUUUGAAUGUUCAAGUUACACUGAGCAUAUUGAUUUAUUAAACAAAAGUGAUGAUUUCAAACUAAAGCGAAAUUAUAUGAAGAUUCAAAAUACUGCUAUUGCUGCAAUAAGAUAUGAAGUUUCAAACACUGCUGCAGCUGCAAUAGCUUCAGGAUUUUUAAAAGAUUU